AUGCAGGGCAGCAGCAGCGUGACCGCCUUCGACGACCUGCCCGAGUGGCUCGUCGUUGACGAGAUCCUUGUCCGCUUGCCGCCCAAGGAUGUGCUCCGCUGCCGUGCCGUUCGCAAGUCGUGGCGCAGCGGCACAUCCACCGAUGCGUUCAUCCUCGGACACCACCGUCGCCAGCCCUCGCUUCCCAUCAUCCAACACAAAUUGGGCAUCUGCCGCGUCGUCGGAGGCUGCAAUGAUCUAAAGAUACGGCCUGUCAUCCGGUAUGAAGGCUCCUUGACAAAAUUCCAACUCCAAGCCGCCUGUGAUGGCCUCCUCAUCGUGUCGCAGCAAGCCAAUUUCUUCAUCUGCAAUCCAGCCACCCUCAAGUGUGCUUCACUGCCACGUCCUCCACUACGGCCACGCUUCAGUUUCAUCGACGUAGUCGGCUUCUACCGGCACCACACAUCUGGAGAACACCGGAUACUCUGGGUGUCAUACACGAAACCCAUUAGGAUUUACGAGACAUUUCAGUUGCCUGAUUACUUUAUCCACGCGGUGGGAUCGAGCCAGCCAAGAUGCAUCCAAUGGCCGACAGUUUCAGAACAAAAGUAUUUUCCUGCUACCCGGUCUGCCGAUUGUCCGCCAGUCCACCAUCGUGGUAGCCUGCACUGGCUAAUGGGCCUCAACAUAACAGUAUUUGACACCGUAGCCGAGACAUUCCGGCAGAUGAGCCGCCCAACACAGUUGGGCGAUAUGGUGUCAUUGUUGGAUAUGGGCGAGGCCCUUGCUUUGUGCCACGUCGCCCCUGACUGCGCCACAUUAGAUGUUUGGGUGUUGCAGGUCUAUGAUGCCGGGACCUGGGGCUUUCACUACCGGAUUGACCUGUUAGGGAUGGAGGCAUCACCACCGAUUAAUUGGAUUGCUAGGAUGGCUCUGAUCAAUGAGCGUGAGCUGUUGAUCCAGAGGCAUAUUCACCAUCUGUUGCAUUGUGACAUUGAUGGUGUGUUUUUAGGUAAUGUGGAAAGCGAAGAGCGUUUAUCCUGCUGGGCACUUACUCGGCAUUGCCUCCAAGAGAGCAUGAUUUCACUUCCAUUGUUUGAGAUGCAGGAAGAAGAAGCUGUGAACCAGGAGCCCCCAUUCUCCAUUGUGUUAUAA